AAGUUACUAGCUAGGGUUCCCGAGAAUAUCGGAUCUAAACAAAUUUCGGCGUCAGGAAAGCGGAAGGGCCCUGCAACGUGAGAGCAGACCGGAUUCCCCAGCAUCUGCAUCCAUGGCCAAGCGACGGCGUGCCGAGGAUGUCGACCGGCUGAGCGACAUGCCGGAGUGCCUCCUCCACGACAUCAUGUCGCGCCUCAAGGCCCGCCAGCUCGUGCAGACCUGCGCGCUGUCGUCGACAUUGCGCCGCCUCUGGCUCACGGUGCCGUGUCUUGACAUCGACGCAGGGGAGUGGGCAUCUGUGGCUGGCCGUCAGGACAAGGUGUGCUUCAAACCACGGUUUAGCGAGGACGACGACGAGGAGGAGGACGAGGAGCUCGACAGGCUCGACGAUUUCGUCGACAGCCUCUUGCUCCGUCGCCGCGCGUGUGCCUCGCCGCUGGGCACCCUGCGGCUGAGCGUGCCAUCUUCCGGGCCCAUAUGGAUGCGCCUCCUCCGCGACCGUUCCUGCUGCAGGUCACACACCAGGUGGAUUCGCCGAGGCCUCCGGUGCUCCCCCGCGACGCUCGACGUCUCCGGCAUGAAGCUGCCACCUCUGACUUCUGGCUCUGGCACACACUGCCUCACCAAGCUGCGCCUCCAUAACGUACGUCUGCACAAGGAUUUCGAGAAGCACCUCAGCUCCGGGCUCCUCGCCCUGCAGGACCUCGAGAUCAGAAGCACGGAGAUGUCGGAAAUCUCAAGAAUCGCGUCCCACACACUCAAGAACCUCAUCGUUGAUAACUCCCCCACAUCCAACGAAGGAACACGGUUGGGAUUCCUCGUCGACGCCCCUCGUCUCGCCUCACUGCACCUCGUCGUUCAGUUUCGUCGCCUCGGCGUUUUUUCUGUCACCGUAUGUGAGGCGGCUUCCCCUAUCCAAGCAUCCAUCCACUUUCUGGACAGACCUAAACUCCGACAAGUUCAUGGGGGUUUCUACUAUUGGCAAGAUGACAAAGAUUUGCUCACAGCUCUCUGCAAACUUCUCCGAUCACUAUCCAACGUCACUUGCUUGGAGUUGUCAGGCUUCCGAGAAAUGGCAGUAGCAGAGCAACAUAUUCCGAAUUAUCCAUCACCGGGUACUCCAUUUCCAGCGGGAUUCUAUCAAACUACGGCGCCAACAAUUGGAGAUGAUUUGCUUCCCCGUCCUAUGUUGCAGGCAAUACUUCAUGAGAAGCAAAACAAAUUUCUACAACUCCGCAACCUAAAAACCUUGGUCCUUGACAAGUGUGAGAUAGGUGACAACAUUCAGACCUUGUGGUCCUUUUUGCAUAAUACGCCCGCCCUUGAGAAGCUUACUCUCAACAACUGUGGGUGCCAAGAGUUCCCAUAUGGUGCUGCUGCUUCUAACAUUUUUGAGAUGGGUUGCACAAUCUCCAACCUUAACUUGGUAGAAAUCAAGUACAACCCAAGAGAUGACCAUGAAGGCCAAGAUACUGCACAAAUGGAGAAGAUCUUGUCCAUGGUAAAGAGAAACUUACCAGUGGCUACCAAGAUCCAUGUUACCAAAGUCGAAAAUUAAUAUAAACCCCCCUUCAGUUCCUUUUGACUUUAGUUUGGUAGUUUAUUACCAUUCUGAGCU